CCUGCACCACCCGCACACGGACGCUCAGAGCCACCUCCUCUUCCCGGGCAUCCACGACCAGCACGGCCCCCACGCCUCCCAAAACGUCCUCAACGGGCAGAUGCGCCUGGGCUUGCCGGGGGAGGUGUUCGCCCGGUCGGAUCAGUACCGCCAGGUCUCCAGCCCCAGGACUGACCCUUACUCGGCGGCUCAGCUGCACAACCAGUACGGCCCCAUGAAUAUGAAUAUGGGCAUGAACAUGGCAGCCCACCACCACCACCACCACCCAGGUGCCUUUUUCCGCUACAUGCGGCAGCAGUGCAUCAAGCAAGAGCUCAUCUGCAAGUGGAUCGACCCCGAGCAGCUGAACAACCCCAAAAAAAGUUGCAAUAAAACUUUCAGCACCAUGCACGAGUUGGUCACCCACGUCUCGGUGGAGCACGUUGGGGGACCCGAGCAGAGCAACCAUGUCUGCUACUGGGAGGAGUGUCCCCGGGAAGGCAAGCCCUUCAAAGCGAAAUACAAACUGGUCAAUCAUAUCCGAGUGCACACGGGAGAGAAACCCUUCCCCUGCCCCUUCCCCGGCUGC